CGCUCUCAAAUACGACUCCGUUUUGAUCACGGCUCAAAUCUUAAUGCCCCCUUCUCUCUCUCUCUCUCUCAACAUCCAAAAUCACAUUUCUGAUCGCAGCAAAUAAAAGCAAACACAGUGAGAUUAUCUGUUGAUCAGCUAAGUUAUCAUUUAGGCAAAAUGGCAUCUUCUACAGACCCAUGGAUGAAGGAACAUAAUGAAGCAGCAAAGCUUGCAGAGGAUAUCAAUGGCAUGAUUGCAGAAAGGAGUCCUUUUCCUGCUUCGGGGCCCGAAACACAGCGUCAUGCAUCUGCUAUACGGAGGAAGAUUACAAUUUUAGGGACUAGGCUUGAUAGCUUACAGUCCCUUUUGACCAAACUUCCUGGCAAGCAGCAUAUAUUGGAAAAAGAGAUGAAUCGUCGCAAGGACAUGGUUGCAAAUUUGAGAACAAAAGUAAACCAAAUGGCUUCCGCAUUGGAUAUGUCAAACUUUGCCAACAGGGAUAGCUUGUUUGGUCCAGAAAUAAAGCAAGCCGAUGCCAUGCGUAGAACGGAAGGCUUGGACAACCAUGGCAUUGUCGGUCUUCAACGGCAAAUUAUGAAAGAGCAAGAUGAGGGCCUUGGGAAGUUGGAGGAGACAGUAACAAGUACAAAACAUAUUGCCUUGGCAGUCAAUGAAGAACUUGGUCUUCACACCAGGCUUAUUGAUGACUUGGACCAACAUGUGGAUGUUACCGACUCCCGCUUACGGCGAGUGCAGAAGAAUCUGGCUAUUCUGAACAAGCGUACAAAGGGUGGCUGCUCCUGCUUGUGCAUGCUUUUGGCUGUUGUCGGGAUUGUGAUUCUGGUUGUCAUCAUAUAUCUACUGAUAAAAUAUUUGUAACACUGCCAACAGAAAACGUAUAUAUUUUCCUCGUUAUUGUUGUGUGA